CAGAAGAGGACAGUCAAUGUAAUCAACAAAAUCUCCCAAUUUACAGCCACCUUUUACUCUCCACCCUCAUCACUACUUUAUUUUCUCUCUCAAACAAACACUGUUACUCCUACUCCUACAUUUUCAUCAUCAUCAAACUCCAUCUCUAUCUUAUAAUAUCGUUUCUCACUACAAGGAAAAAUACUCAUUAAUUAAUUAAUUAACCUCAAUAAUAGGAUGUAUAGAUCUGCAAGUUGGAACCGGGUUUCGGAUGAGUAUAACUCGGUUCAGUCGCCUCCGUCGAUGAGAACGACGUCGUCUUUUGAGGACGGCGAUCAGCAGCUUCCGCUGUAUGAUAUGCAACUCGCUGACAUGGCCAAGAAAGAGAGGGCUCGUCUCAAGUUGGCUGAAAAUGCCGUCCAUCUUAUUCCUCUUGUUCUCAUUCUUUGUGCUUUUAUUCUUUGGUUCUUCUCCACCACACCCGCAGAUGGAAGGUAUAAGGGGGAAUCGAUAGCAGCAAGAAUAGAAGGAUUGAGUAUAGAAGGGGAGAUCGAUAAUGAUAGCGAUGGCACUCAAACAGGCAUUAUACCAACCGUGGAUUUAAGAUACACAAAAUCCCAAAGACUAACUUCUCUCAAAGCAUCAAAAAAGAUGGAUUAA